CCCGCCGACCGGGCGGUCCCUACCGCCUCGACCCCUGCACCGGGGGUGUCCCGGCCGGCCUCUGCCCCUGCUCCCGGCGGCCAAGGAGCCGCGUCCUGGCAAGGCCAGAGGCUCCAGUACCCACAGGAGGGAAGGGGUUCCCGAGGUAGAGGCUCCUGGAGUGGGGUUCCCCGUCUUCCCGGACCCCGUGCCGCGCCCAGCUCGCAAACUUGCCUCGGCCGAAGGGCUGUGUCAUCACCCCUGGCCGGCAGAAUGGGAAACUGAGUCUCUGGCACCAAGGUCAAGGCCACGAGGGAACCUUCCCGCGGCGUCUGUGGGGUUCCCGAGUAUUCAUGGGGACGUCCCGCAUUUGAAAUGAAUCCAGGCCCAGAGGCACGUGUCUUGUGCCCUCCUCUUCCCUGAGCGGCUGUCCAGAAAUUCAGGAAAGAGCGUCCCGUACCUACAGCCUCUCUUCGGAGGCCGCAGGCCUCUUCUGAAGAGCUGAAAGCCGCGUACCGGAGGCUGUGUAUGCUUUACCAUCCCGACAAGCACCGAGACCCCGAGCUCAAAUCACAAGCAGAACGACUAUUUAACCUUGUUCACCAGGCUUAUGAAGUGCUCAGCGACCCCCAGACCAGAGCCAUCUAUGAUAUAUAUGGGAAGAGAGGACUGGAAAUGGAAGGAUGGGAGGUGGUGGAGCGGAGGAGAACGCCGGCCGAAAUCAGGGAGGAGUUCGAGCGGCUGCAGAGAGAGCGGGAGGAGCGGAGGCUGCAGCAGCGCACCAACCCCAAGGGGACCAUCAGUGUUGGCAUCGAUGCCACUGACCUUUUUGAUCGCUAUGAGGAGGAGUACGAAGAUGUGUCCGGGAGUGGCUUUCCGCAGAUCGAAAUUAACAAGAUGCACAUAUCCCAGUCCAUUGAGGCACCCUUGACAGCUACAGACACAGCCAUCCUUUCUGGAAGCCUCUCAACCCAGAAUGGGAACGGAGGGGGUUCCAUAAACUUCGCGCUUAGACGAGUCACUUCCGCAAAGGGAUGGGGAGAGUUAGAAUUUGGAGCCGGGGAUCUGCAGGGACCUUUAUUUGGUCUGAAGCUGUUCCGUAAUCUCACCCCAAGAUGCUUUGUGACGACAAACUGUGCUCUGCAGUUUUCGUCUCGUGGCAUCCGUCCCGGCCUCACCACCGUCCUAGCCCGGAACCUGGACAAGAACACGGUGGGCUACCUGCAGUGGCGGUGGGGGAUCCAGUCGGCCAUGAACACGAGCAUCGUCCGGGACACCAAGACCAGCCACUUCACUGUGGCCCUGCAGCUUGGGAUCCCUCACUCCUUUGCACUGAUCAGCUAUCAGCACAAAUUCCAGGACGAUGACCAGACCCGCGUGAAAGGGUCGCUGAAGGCCGGCUUCUUCGGGACGGUGGUCGAGUACGGGGCCGAGCGCAAGAUCUCCAGGCACAGCGUCCUGGGCGCAGCGGUCAGCGUCGGAGUCCCUCAGGGUGUUUCUCUCAAAGUCAAGUUAAACAGGGCCAGUCAGACUUACUUCUUCCCUAUUCACUUGACGGACCAGCUGCUUCCCAGCGCCGUGUUCUACGCCACUGUGGGGCCGCUCGUGGUCUACUUCGCUCUGCACCGUCUGGUCAUCAAACCAUACCUCAGGGCUCAGAAAGAGAAGGAGUUGGAAAAGCAAAGGGAAAGCACAGCCACUGACAUUCUGCAGAAGAAACAAGAGGCAGAAGCUGCCGUUCGGUUGAUGCAGGAAUCUGUCCGGAGGAUUAUCGAGGCGGAGGAGUCCAGAAUGGGGCUCAUCAUCGUCAACGCCUGGUACGGGAAGUUCGUCCACGACAAGAGCAGGAAGGGCGAGAAGGUGAAGGUGACCGACGUGACCGUGCCCCUGCAGUGCCUGGUCAAGGACUCGAAGCUCAUCCUCACAGAGGCCUCGAAGGCAGGGCUGCCGGGCUUCUACGACCCGUGCGUGGGCGAGGAGAAGAGCCUGAAAGUUCUGUACCAGUUCCGCGGCGUCCUUCACCAGGUCAUGGCGCUGGACAACGAGGCGCUUAGGAUACCAAAGCAGUCUCACAGGAUCGACACAGAUGGAUAAACCGCUUGAGAAACCAGAUUUACAAGAGGCUGCAAAAAAUCCUUUCCUAGGAGUCUACAAAUUCAGAAGCAGGGAAAAAACCCAGACAUCAGAUGUGUUUAUUUUAUAUUAUUCCUAUAGAGGGUGGUACCAUAUCAAUUAUGUGGAGGGACACAGACACCCGCUUUCGUGGGCGCUGUCGGUAGGACUGAGGCAGCCGCACCUGGACCAGACCUGCAGCACGGCCUGUGGCUCUUUUCCCAAGGAUCAUGUCCCUGGAGGGAAGGGCCCUGGGCCCCGGCCCCCUAGGCUCCUGAGCCCACGUGCUGACUGCCGCCCCCCGGUAGCGCCCAGUCUGUCUUGAGGUGUUUAUGGAACAUCCUGCCCUCACACAUAGGACUGAACUACUUUUCCUAAAACCCACACUGAGCAUGGAAAACGAAACGGAAAGGAAGGAAAUUGUUCUCGAGAGCAGAGGUCUCCAGAACAAUAGUGCGUCUGUUCGGUCAACUUCCCAAAAACCACUUUUUCCUGCUAAAAUAUUAUUCAGUGAAUCUGGAGGAUUGUGUGGGUUUAUAAAUCUGCUUUUUAUCUGAGAACGAA